UCCAUAACUUUUUGAAUCGUCUCCUAUCUCCCUACUUCCGUUUUUGAUUCUCCGUCUGUCGCCGCUCUACGCCCUCUAGGCCUAGGUCGGUCUGUCUGUCUGCUCCCCCUGUAUAAACCGACUCUCUUUUAUUGAACUUCGCUCUACAAGUGAUCUCCGGUUGGAUUCCUCCUCUUCCGUCCACAAAUGGUUCUACCGAAGCGUCGCCACAGAUUCUUCAAGUUCAGAAGCCCUGCUCUCCCACACAGCCUCGUCUCUAGUUUCUCCAAUUUCUAAUUAAGCUUCUUCUGUAUCCCUCUCCCGAGCAAACAGAAAUACAGAAUACUCUCCCUCCAGCUCUCCUUCCAAUAACAAAAGAUUCGCUAGAAGCUUCGUCAAGCAGAGGGAGAAAAAGAUAAUCUUGUUUUCCUUCUCUCUCUCUCACACGCACCUCUCUCUUUCUCUUUCAUUCAUUAUUCUGGGCUCACAUUAAUUCCUUCUGUCAACUAUCUUUCUUCGUGUCUAUCCCCAUCUUAUAAAUCAAAUGUCUGCUAGAGAAUACGACUUCUCAGGUGCGGCAGUUGUGGAAAUGGCUUGGAUCAUGCUCAGGAUCGACUACUCCAGGCUAUUCUGGCUCCUUUUUGGUGUCUUCUCUUACGAAAACCACGAAGGAAAGCCUCGGAUCUAGCAGCCACUCUUCUUUGUUACCAUUACCCAGAUAAAGUCAAAUAAUACUACUAUUUAUAUACAUAUACUUAGAAAUAAAAGGAAAAGGUGAGUCUGUUCGUCGUUUUGAGGUUUCGAGGAUCUACUCCGUUCACAGUGCGCAGAACAUGUACAAACCGCUACUCAGGGACGGUGUUGAGGGAGUCACCGUCGAUUAUGGGUACGUCGAAACUGAUCCAACCGGCCGGUAUGGACGAUUCGACGAAGUUUUAGGGCGAGGAGCCAUGAAGACGGUAUAUAAGGCAUUUGAUGAGGUCCUUGGUAUGGAGGUGGCGUGGAACCAAGCCAAGCUGAAUGACGUCUUCCGGUCACCGGAGGAAUUGGAAAGGCUGUACUCGGAAGUACACCUCCUGAGCACCCUCAACCACGACUCAAUUAUCCGGUUCUACAGCUCAUGGAUCGACAUUGAUCGCAGAACCUUCAACUUCAUUACCGAAAUGUUUACUUCAGGCACUCUCAGAGAGUAUAGACAGAGAUACAAGCGGGUGGACAUAAGAGCCGUGAAGAAUUGGGCCCGCCAAAUCCUACACGGUCUUGUGUACUUGCAUGGUCAUGAUCCUCCUGUUAUUCAUAGGGACCUCAAAUGUGAUAAUAUCUUCGUCAAUGGUCAUCUAGGGCAAGUCAAGAUUGGUGACCUGGGGUUAGCAGCUAUUCUUCGUGGGUCUCAAGCGGCCCACAGUGUUAUAGGCACCCCGGAGUUCAUGGCGCCAGAACUAUAUGAAGAAGAAUACAACGAGCUUGUAGACAUAUACUCCUUUGGAAUGUGUGUGCUAGAGAUGCUUACCGCCGAGUACCCAUACAGCGAAUGCUCCAACCCAGCUCAAAUCUACAAGAAAGUGACGUCGGGAAAGCUACCAGCCGCGUUCUAUCGGAUUCGCGACUCGGAAGCGCAACGCUUCAUUGGGAAAUGCUUGGACACCGCCGUAAAGAGGCUCCCUGCCAAGGAACUGUUGCUUGAUCCCUUCCUUGCAUCUGACACUGAGGAGAUGUUGCCAACUCCCAACCCUCCUACUGUUGCAAAAGAUGUUGUGCCUCCGCCGGAGAGUAGUCAAGUAUAUGUGCCACAACCAGUUGCUCCAGCAAUAAGCACUACUACAGACAUGACAAUCACAGGGAAGAUGAACCCUGAAGAUGAUACCAUCUUUCUUAAAGUUCAGAUCGCUGAUAAAGAUGGUUGUGUGAGGAACAUAUAUUUUCCAUUUGACAUUCUAAGUGAUACUCCGAUCGAUGUGGCAACCGAGAUGGUGAAAGAGUUAGAGAUUACAGAUCGUGAACCGUUUGAGAUUGCAGAGGUAAUAGAGGAUGAGAUCUCAGCUUUGGUGCCACACUGGAAGGAAUCUCAACACCAUGACCAUCCUCACCAAAUUCUUAACUAUCAAGAUGAUGAUGACGAUGUGCCCUACCAUCCUUCGUGUUCAUUCUCCUCGUGUUCUUCUCAGGCUUCACUCUCUGUCUCUGGAUUGAUCACUUCCUCGUAUGGCUACGAUUGGCUCCAAGGUGACUUGUUUGGUGAUGAUGAUGCGAGCUCUCAAAGCUCCGUAUGCUCGGGCAAGUACUCCAACUUCAACUACAAUUCCGGCAGUGAACAUGAUUUCAAUCAAAGUCCUAGAAGAAGAAGAGAUCAGUACUACUGUCCGGCCGCAAUGACUCACCAAUCCACGAGAUUCUGUCCCGAGGAGAAGCCGAGGACGGGCCACUUCAUUGGUAUGAAUCGACAAAGACAACCUAGCGUCCUAGCAGAGUCUCGCAGAGCUUGUGGUAAAAAUGAACCUGCAGGUAAUACGUUAAUGGAUAACCGCCGAUUGACAAGGAACCGAUCACUGGUGGACGUACGUAGCCAGUUGUUACACCGCUCUUUGGUGGAAGAGGUAAACAAGCGUCGCCUGUUCAGGACAGUCGGUGCUGUGGAGAGUAUCGGAUAUCAAGCUCCCCACGAAUUUUCUGACAAGGAUUACCGGCUUAUGUGUGUUAAUCCUGCAUGUGGGGGCUUGGGGAGAUGGUAAAGAGGCGAGGAUUUAAAUGGUGACCGGGUGGCGCGGGUGGAGGUGAUUAUUUUAACCUCUCAUCUCAAGUUUUUGAAGUGAAUUUCAAGACCGACGACGCCAUAUGUCUGGACUGCGAUUAGUUUCAUUUCAUUUCAUACUGAUGUAAAUAUUUAUGCAUGGUGUGUUUGUUGUAGUGUGUGGUACACAAGUAUUCGAGCCCACCGUGAUCACUGUUUUUUGGAUGCUAUUCUACUAGAAGUCUGGAACCCAACUAUGAUCAGUUUCAGAACUUGUGUUGGGCUUGGGCUGGGGCAACGUCUUUGAGGUUUGGGCUUGGGCUAAGGCCUUGACACUCCCCCACAAUCUGUCGAACCUGAUGAGUAUAUAUUUAUAUAUAUGUGUGUGUGUAUUUCUAUAUUGCAAAGAUGACUACGAAAAAUGUCGUGUUUAAUCCAUUAUAUUUAUAUUUAUGUAUAAUAUGGAAGAAUGUAAUGUAAGUGCAAUCCUUGACAUAUAGGAAAA